AGAAGACCAACACAACAAUGUCGGCUCUGCAUCGAGCAAUUCAGAGGAUACACACCAUCGCCGAUGCUCCACGCCUCACAAGAUUCUAUCUUAACCCACCCAAGACUGUAGAGGUAGAAUUUGCCAAUGGUAGCAAGUUUAAUUUGUCAGCUGAAUUUUUGAGAGUUUAUAGCCCUGCUGCAGAUGGCAAGAUUCGUUCAGUUGGAGGUGAGAAGGUAAUUAUCAUGACUGUUUUUUUCUUCUUUUUGAUGAGCACUAUUCCAGAAUGUUGUUUUCUUUUUGGCGCUAUUUCUUUCCAUAUUGCACUGACCUUUCUUCUUCUUCUAUCCUUCUUGAGAUAUACUGACUCAUUUUUAAAUGACCAAUUGAAAUAAUGUCAGACUAUAUUUUCAUGCAUUUGUACUUCAUGUUCCAUGAAUUGGUCCUUUAUUUUUGAUUGCUUAAUCAGGUGAUAUUUGGCAGACGCCACGUGGGGAUAAUGUCUGCAGAACCAGUGGGGAAUUAUGGGGCUAGCUUUUGAUGACUUGCAUAAAACUGGGAUCUAUUCUUGGGACUAUUUUUAUCAUCUGGGGACCAACAAGUUCACGCUCAUGCGGAACUAUAUCAAAACACUGAAGAAGCAUGGACUCAGCCGGGAUCCAACUAAAAGAAAAUGAGUCUAACUUUGUUCUGAUUAUCCCGAUAUGUUCUUCCAUGGCACAGACUUACGCAGCGAGCCUUGUGUCUUUAAAGGAUGACUCAAGUACUGUUUCUGUUUAUGGGGCAUCAAGGUAGUUUAGUUGCAAUCGCAAGUCAUCUGUUCACCACUGAAAUUCUGAGGGAGUAUAAUAUAGGACAAGAAUGCAAUGCAAUUUGUUCUCCAAGUUUUUUUCUUUUUCUUUCUUUUUUGGGGUGGAGGGGGGUAGUACAAUUCAUUUUCUUAAUUAUGUGCCGAAUUUUUUUUUUUAUCUUGAUUAUAUAAUAUGAGAUAAUCAUUUCUCAUUUUGUAUUUCACUACAUUUGCAUGUAAUGCAAUUUAAAUUCAG